AUGAGUAAAUCAGAAGGCUCUGACACAAUCCAAGUCUAUUGUCGUAUUAGACCAGUGAGUGAGAGUCAUUGCCAAUAUUCAAUAGAACAAACAUUUGAUAAUGCAGUACUACAUUUUAAAAAACCAAGAUCGGAUGAAGCAGGAUAUAUUAAUAAUACAAUUGAAAAUUAUGAAUAUAAAUACACCGGAAUAUUUGAUCAACAAGUGGAUCAAGAUGAAAUAUUUGAUAGAUGUGCUAAGAAAUGUGUUCUUAGUGCUUUAGAAGGAUAUAACUCAACAAUUUUUGCUUAUGGUCAGUCUGGAAGUGGUAAAACUUAUACAAUGACUGGUGGAGAUGGAAGCUAUGAAAAAAGAGGUAUCAUUCCUAGAGCUAUUUCACUUCUUUUUGAGGAAUCGUCGAAUGAAGGAAAACGAGAUCGAGAAUAUACAUUUUCAGUUUCAUAUAUGGAAAUUUAUAAAGGAUUUGGAUAUGAUUUAUUGAAUGAUAAAAGAGAUUUAAUGGAUAUUAAGGAAUUACCUGAAACUAUGCUCAAUGAGUCCUCUACUCGUUCUCACUGUAUAUUUACUGUUAAUAUUGAAUCAAAGGAACCUGGAUCAUCAGUUGUAAAAUCCUCAAAACUUCACAUGGUAGAUUUGGCCGGUAGCGAACGGCCUAGUAAGACAAAUUCAACAGGCAAAACUCUGGAAGAAGCCAAGAGUAUCAACUUGUCUCUGUAUUUUUUGGAACGUUUUAUUAUGAGUAUCAGUGAAGGUAAUGACCACAUUCCUUGGAGAGAUUCAUUAAUCACCACUGUCCUUAAAGAUAGUAUUGGUGGUAAUUGUAAAACUAUUAUGAUUUCGACGAUUAAUCCUUCAUAUAGACACUUGUCGGAAUCUGUUUCAACAUGUAAAUUUUCAAUGAGAGUAGCUAGCAUUAAACAAAAUGCUGUCAUUAACGAGAAAGUCGAUCCAUAUGUUCAAAUUAGAAAACUGAAAAAGAAAGUUGAGGAAUUGGAGGAAGAACUGAAAUAUUAUAGAGGUGAAGGGCAGAAAAGAGAAGCACUGGAUGGAAACGAAAAAGCAAUUAUUAAGGAGAGAGUGGAUGAAUUUUUGGAUGAUUUGGAUAGAGACAGUUCUCUGAAUUUGGGAGGAGACCAUUUGAGAAUUAGGGAGGCCUUCUUGGUUUUAAAAUCCUAUGUUUUGGAUCUCAGGAAAAGGCCAAAGGAAGCUACAGCGUCGAAAGAGAAACCAGUACCUCAAAAAACGAAACCUCAGCCAAUUCAGCAAGCCCCUCCACAACAACAAGUUGCUCUCUCAGAAGAUAUCCAAGAGAAGCUCAAAAACUUAUCGGUUGCCAUUGAGCUCAGAGAUAUUGAAAUUGAUAUCCUUGUCUCCAUGUUAAAUAAGAAACAAAAGAACAUGUCUGAAGUAUCGAUACAGACAGAAAUUAGCCCAUCGAGUCAAAUUGUUACAACCCUUCCACCACCAUCACCCAAGAGAUCAAUGCUUCAUACUUUCACAAACGGAAAUACAUCUUCUAUGGAAUCAAUAGCAAGUAUGCAUAGAAGUGUAGAACGAAAACCUAUUCAAGAUAUUGUGACAAAAGAAGUUAUUAAGGAAAGAAUUCGAGAGAAGGAAAAAUCCAUUCUUUCCCAAACAGGUGAUAAUGCACCAAAAUUCUCCAAUGAAAAGAUUGCCAUCCUAGCCGAUGCAACUGGAAUGAGGAGAAGAGCAGAAGCGUUCGAGUUAUUUAGACAAAAAUAUAGAAAUUACAAUGUCAUUGAAAAGAACAAGGAAGCUUUGGGAGAAAAGAUUGCCUUUGCAAAGGAGAUGGCUAGAGAUAUCAAUGAUAAGAGAUCUGUCAUUGAAGUGUUAAAGAACAGACUCAUUCAACUAAGAACUGAAAGAGCUGCUCAAAAUCUUGUAAAUAAGAAUGCUGAAACAGAUGAAGAAUUCCCAGAAGAAAUUGAACUUAAAAAAGAGUUGUUAGCUGAAAAGGAUAGACAUCAAGAUCAAUGUAAUCAACUCAAGGAAUUAAAGAAGGAAAUUGAACACUUGAAGAGAGUAUUGGAAAUGAGCAGAGUGAGACUUCAACAAGAUUUUGAAAAUUGGUACAAGACAACUAAUCCAUACCCAGAAGAAGAUUCACCAGAAGAAUCCAUAUCCUCUCAAGUUUCUGCAACAAUACGAAGUAAUAUUUCACAACAGUAUAGUAAUAGCAGUAUUCCUGUUUCUACACUCAGUUUUGAUUCCUCCUCUUCUCCAAUAUCUUCAACUCUUUCCACAACUACCUCCUCCUCUUCUAGGCCAACUGUAAAACAAGCUUGGGGAGUUGAUAGUAUUUCACCUAAAAACAAUGUCAGCUCUAAUUUAAUGACACUCCGAAACAAUAAUCAACUACCACCACAGCAACAGCAACAAGGAUUUAGUGAAGACAAUCCAUUCUUUAAGAAACUGAAAGAACAUGUUGAACAGUCCUCAACUCUCUCAAGUGCAGCUGUUAAUUCAUCUGCCAAUACUAAUUCCUCAAAGAGAGUUUCACUUCUCCAACAAGCUUACAAACUUUAA